AUGGAGGUAGAUUCGGAAGGAAGGAUGGGUAAUGUUUUCUGGUCAGAUGCAAGGUCAAGACGAGCUUAUGGGUUUUUUGGAGAUGUGGUGGUAUUUGAUACGACGUUCAACCCGAACCGCUAUGGGAUGGUCUUUGCUCCUUUGUUAGGCGUUAAUAACCAUCGGCAGACAGUGUUGUUUCGUCGUGCAUUCCUAACUAGUGAAACCACAAAUUCAUUUGUAUGGGUGUUAGAGGAAUUCAAGAAAGCCAUGUUGGAGAAACCCGACAUUGGAGAAUAUUUUUCAGAAAUGUGCAAAUGCAUAUGGGGUAUGGACACAAAAGAAGAAUUUGAUGCCAAAUGGGAGGAAAUCCUCACAAACAAUGGGCUGAAAGACCAUGCGUGGCUGAGCUCAAUUCAUGCUAUGCGGGAGAAUUGGGUUCCAUCAUAUAGACACAAGCAGUUAAUGGCUGAUCAUGUUGAUAACAAUGAAAAACCUCCACUGCCAUUUCAAACACCAAUGCAACAUCAAAUGGGAUGCAUUUACACUCGGGAAAUUCUUGAAAUGUUUGAGAGGGAAGACUUCAGAAGUCUUUUAUGCUUGUUCAAAUUUGUAGAGCAAGAUGAGACGCACUGCAUAUACAAAGUUGAGCACUUUCCAAACAAGUGCAUAUUGAAACGAUGGCUUCAAAGUGCGAAAAACAGUGUAAUAUAUGAUAAGAAUCACAAAGAAGUUAACGAUUGUGUUGAUGGUUUGAUUUUGGUUAAGAGAUCGAAAGUCUGCAAAGUUGCAAGUGAUUUGAUUGAUUCGGCUUUGUUGUGUGAUGAAGGUUUUGAGUUGCUGGAAAAAUCUUUUGACGACAUUCGUGGGAAGCUUACAAGCUCUUCAUCUUCCAACAUAGAACUUGGUGGUCCAGUUGCUAAGAAUUUGCAGCCCACUCAGAGCACGCAGGACAGUGAACCUACUAUGACAGAGUCAUUUAUGCAAGAGUUGGAUUUCAUUUAUGGUCUCGGAGUUUGA